AUAAUAGCAAAUUUUAUGUAAAUACAAAAUAUUCACGAGUAUUUUGUAUCAUUUAUGGUUCAAUGCAACUAUAAAUAUCACUAAAAUAUUACAAUAUUUAAAAGAUACUAGUUAAAAGGUAUUCGUAGAUAAUGGCUUGUUGGAUAUGUACUUUAAAAAUUGCAGUUUUCAACUAACGGAAUGAGUAAACCAGAUAGUAAUGAAAGUUUGGAGACCGAAUUUUCAACUAAAUGCAGUUUGAAAAUAUUGGGAAAAGAGAAUAAGCCUAUGGAGUUUGUACCUCUCUUGUUGCGGGAUGUUCGACAGUGCAAAUUAACAUCCUCGCCUUCAAUUUUUGAAGCUUUUAGUGGUUCAAUACUACUUCGCACAAUUGUUGUACAUGCACGUGUUGUUGGUAAAAUACUACCGAGCAAAAAAAAUGGACAAUAUAGAUUUGAAAUAGAUGACAACACAGCAGUUAUGACACUAUUUGUGCCGAGAAGAAGUGACGACAUUUUGGAAGUCCAACGGUUGCAUUAUGAAGUGACUGCAAGAAUGCUGUGCAAGCAGCAGAAAGAGCCGUUGAAGGCUUUGCAGAGAUUACUGGUGAAAACCAGAAAACAGCUUGACCCAUCAAGAAUUUCUGUUGGUAACAAAAUUUUCAUAUUUGGUAGACCAUCUUUUUUUCACGAUCACAUAAGCAUAUGUGGAUUUAGUUGGGAAAUCGACGAAGGUCCUAGUAGAAUAAUGGAGAUGGCUUUCAAAGAUGAACUUAUUGAAUGGUAUACAAAAAAAUAUUCAUGAAUAGAAUAAUUUUUUAAAAAAGUAUUUUUUUACGGUUUAUUUUUAAUGUUCGGUUUGCUAUUUUUAUUAUUUAAUGGUUUUGUAUGUUUAAAAUUUAAAUAAAAAAUAUUAAUCCUCGCUUA